AUGAGUAUGGACAAGUCUCCUGGGUCUGGCGACAACAUCCCGCCAUCUCCAACGUUGGCCGCUGCCGAGGACACAGUGUGCGACUUGGGCAGCGUGAGAAUCGGAAAAGACAAAGUCGUCGUCUGCAGGUGGACCAUCGAGGAUAUAAAGAGCUGGCCUACAUGGAACGACGAAGUGAAAUCGCCCAUUUUUCGCGACUCUAACUCGAACGAGUGGUGUAUGGUGCUGUUGCGAAACUUUGGCGAUUGGUACGUAUGUUUCCAGCUGCUUUCUUCUCGUAAUAACGCUACUGUCCGAGUGAGCGUAAAAGUGUCAGUAGUGUCCAGCAGGGGUACAAAGUACAGUUACCCGUUGGAAUUCGUCAGUCUCGCUGUCGGGAACAAAACGACGCGGCACUCCAUGACUGACUGUAUCGAAAAGGAGGGCCGCUUCAGUAACGUGCUGAAGUUCCUGGGAGAGGUGAGCACGCCGUACUUCGUAAGGGAGGUGUACCGCAGCGUUGCCCUGCAGAGGCCUCGGCGCAGAGUCACAGACGACCUGGCAGCGUUGCUGGAAUCCGGCCAGCUGUCUGACGUGAAGCUGAGGGCGGUUGACGCCGAGUUCCAAACGCACAGGACCGUGCUGUCCGCACGCAGCCCCGUCUUCUCCGCCAUGCUGCGGCAUGACACCCAGGAGGCUCGCGACGGCAUUGUACACAUCAAGGAUGUCGAGGCGGACGUCCUGCGCGAGGUCCUGCGGUUCAUCUACACCGACAGCACCCCUCUCCUGGAGAAGAUGGCUGACAGGCUAUUGGUGGUGGCUGACAAAUACGAUUUGCCCCAACUGAAGGAGCUCUGCGAGGUGGAGUUGGCCAAGAACCUCACCGUGGACAACGCUGCCGCUACCGCCGUCAUCGCCUUGAGCCACUCUUGCGACAUUCUCAAGCAGUCGGUCGUCAGCUUCGUGAAGCGCCAUCGCGUGCCCAUCAUGGACAGCAAAGGCUGGGCGGAAGCUCUUAGGAACCACCCCGAGAUUAGCAGCUGGAAGUGA